AUGGGAAUUAAGUAUCACUCAAACAUGAUCUAUACUGCUGUGUUUCUUUUUAUGUAUGUUGGACAAGACAACUGUGCUUCAAUAAACGAUACAAACGUCUUACUGCGAAAUGUUAUGAAAGAAUACAAUAAAAAUAUUAGACCAGUGGAUAAUCAGAAUAACGCAGUUCAGGUAAAUGCUGCUCUCUCAAUUAUGUCAAUACAAGAACUUGAUGAAAUUCGUGGAAUAUUUUCGAUAAUGGGAUUCAUGUACGUGACAUGGCAUGAUGCAAAUAUGAUGUGGGAUCCUAAAGACUAUGGUGGGGUAGAGUAUGUGAUGACAUCCUAUAAAGACGUCUGGGUACCUGAACUGAUCCUUGUAAACCCUGCAGAAGAGACAGGUACUCUUGGUAAGAAAUGGCAAAGAGUUCUCUUUAACCACACUGGAUUUGCCUCAUGGUGGCCCGGAGAUCUUAUCAAAAGUACUUGUGCUUUGGAUGUGUACAGUUACCCAUUUGAUACUCAGGAAUGCUUUAUGGGGUUUAGCGCACGGGGAUAUUCUACUGACCAGGUAAAAAUAAGUUCACCAAAUGACGAAAUCGACUUCAGUUACUACACUGAAAGUCCAGCGUGGAAACUUGCUCAAUCUAAGACAAAUAUAUAUUCCGAAGGCAUGCAAAUAUAUUUUCAUGUUUACCUAGAGAGAAAACCUGGUUUUGUAAUCGUAAAUGUUCUUCUUCCCCUAACUUUUCUAAGCCUGUUGAAUGUAUUUGUGUUUCUGCUCUCACCCGAAUCUGGUGAAAGAAUUUCAUAUUGUAUCACAGUUUUAUUGUCUAUAGCCGUAUUCAUGACAAUUGUGAGUGACACCCUCCCGAAAAGCUCAGAACCAGUUCCACUUAUUUCGUACAAACUGAUGUCUGACAUGGUGAUCAGCUCUCUAAUUACACUGGUCACAAUACUGAACCUAAGAUUGUACAAUAAAAAGCACACAAAAAUCGUCCCAAACUGGUUGCAGUCUAUGCAUCUGUUUCUGUCCUGUAAACGACCAAAAUAUGAAAAUCAAGUGAAGGCAGACAAUGCUGAAGGGAUGAAAAAUGGAAGAAAGAAGUUGGAAGCAGAAGAUAUAUGUAUCGGACGAAAACGGGAAAAUCAAAUGCAAUCAGAAAUAAUGUCAGACGCAAACAACUCCAGAAAACCAGCAGUUUUGACGCUCCAUUUAGAAGGAGUCCCAUACAAAAGUAUUGAAGAAAGAAUAGCGAAACUGAUUUCAGAAGUGGAAGAAAAUGGCGAUGAACAUGUUCAGGUCUCGUGGAAAAACAUCAGCAACAUGGUAGACGGAAUUGCUUUUAUAGCUUUCACUUUUCUCUCUAUUUGCAGCCUUGUCGUUUUCAUGGUAAUAACAUAUAAACACGAAUGA